CGUAAUUUAAUUAUUCUUCUUCUUCAACUGCCCAACCCAACUCCAUUAUUUUUCAGUUAAUGGUUUCAUCUGUGCCUUGGAAAAUCCCCAAGAAAUCCGCCGAAACCUUCCCUACGUACAUAAUAGACGCAAUCUACUUCCGCAACUCCUACGAAACCUGCCUCCGACCUCUGAAUUCUCACCGGAACAAUGAAGAGGCAGAAGCGGGAGUGCUCUGAACCCUCCAAUCCCUUUGAUGUUCUCUCCGAAGAGAUAAUUUUCUUGGUUUUGGACCUCCUCGAGCAGAACCCACUUGACAAGAAAGCGUUUUCCUUGGUUUGCAAGUCGAUUUACGCCACUGAGUCAAAACACCGGAAGACCCUGAGGCCGCUCCGGCAAGAGUUCCUCCCGGCAAUUCUCUCGCGCUACCCGUACGUCAGCCAUCUUGAUUUAACUCUGUGCGCUCGAGUCUCCGACGCGUCUCUUUCCAGUAUUUCGAAUGCGUGCCCGUCUAAUCUUCGUUCCAUUGAUUUUUCACAAAGUCGGCUUCUUUCAAGUUCUGGGUUGCUGGGUUUGGCUGUGAAUUGUAAGAAUCUUGUGGAGAUUAACUUGUCGAACGGAACAGAGUUGAAGGACUCGGCUAUGGCGGCUAUUGCAGAGGCCAGGAAUCUGGAGAAGUUGUGGUUGGCAAGGUGUAAGUCGAUUACGGAUAUGGGGGUUGGGUGUGUCGCAGUUGGGUGUAAAAAGUUGAAGCUUCUUAGCUUGAAAUGGUGCUUAGGGGUGGGUGACUUGGGCGUUGGUUUAGUGGCAGUCAAGUGCAAGGAAAUUCGCUGCUUGGAUCUCUCAUACUUGCCGAUUACAAAUAAAUGCUUACCAUCUAUCCUGAAUUUACAAUAUCUUGAAGAUCUGGUUCUGGAGGGAUGCUUUGGUAUUGAUGAUGACAGCCUUGGAGGCCUCAAACAUAGAUGCAAGUCUUUAAAGAGUCUCGAUAUGUCUAGUUGUCAGAAUAUUAGUCACAGUGGUUUGUCUUCCCUGAUAAGUGGUACCGAAGGUCUUCAGCAACUAACCUUAGCCUAUGGUUCACCGGUCACUGCUGCCUUUGCUGAUGGUUUGAAAAAGCUUUCAAUGUUGCAAUCAAUUAAACUAGAUGGUAGCUUAAUUACCUGUGAUGGAUUGAAGUCAAUUGCUGAUUGGUGCAUAUCGCUAAGGGAGUUGAGCUUAAGUAAAUGUCCAGGGGUGACUGAUGAAGGUCUCUCUUCUGUUUUGACAAAACGGAGAGACUUGAGGAAGUUAGAUAUUACAUGUUGUCGCAAGAUCACUGAUGCUUCUAUUGCCUAUAUUGCAAAUUUGUGCAACUCUCUCACUUCUCUUAAGAUGGAGUCUUGCACCCUAAUUUCUAGAGAAGCGUUCGUCUUGAUUGGACAGCAGUGCCAUUCGCUUGAAGAGCUUGACCUUACAGAUAAUGAAAUUGAUGAUGAAGGUUUGAAGUCCAUCUCCAGAUGUUCAAAACUCUCUACUUUAAAAUUAGGAAUUUGCCUUAACAUAACUGAUGAGGGAUUAAUCCACGUUGGCAGGACCUGCUCAAAACUUAAAGAGCUAGAUCUGUACAGGUCAGUAGGUAUAACGGAUUUGGGUAUUUUGGAAGUUGCUCGUGGUUGCCGUGACCUGGAGAUGAUUAAUGUAGCCUAUUGUAAAGAGAUUACAGAUGCUUCCUUAUUGUUGUUAUCGAAAUGCUCACACUUGAGGACAUUUGAAAGUCGGGGCUGUCCUCUGAUCUCAUCUUUUGGCCUAACAGCCAUUGCUGUGGGAUGUAAACAGCUAACCAAGCUAGACAUCAAGAAAUGCCACAACAUUGAUGAUAAUGGGAUGCUUCAACUUGCUCAUUUUUCUCAGAACCUUAGACAGAUAAAUUUGUCAUAUAGCUCUGUUACGGAUGUGGGUCUUUUAUCCCUGGCGAGCAUCAGCUGCCUACAGAACAUCACAAUCUUGCACUUGAAAGGCUUGACACCAAAUGGGCUAGCAGCUGCCUUGCUGGCUUGUAGGGGGCUAACCAAAGUGAAGCUCCAGUCUGCCUUCAAAUGGUCACUACCCCAACCUAUUUUUGAACAUUUAGAAGCACGUGGCUGCAUAUUUCAGUGGAGAGACAAAGUGCUUCAGGCUGAAUUAGAUCCAAAGUGCUGGAAAUUAAAAUUGGAAGAUACAGAAGUGGAGUAGAGAUUCUUGAAGAUCUUAUGGGUUGGGAAGUCAGCGGCUUAGCCAUCACUAAUAAAAUUCAAAUUCCGUGCCAUGAACCACGAAGUUCACAAUUAGUCAUGGAUUUUUCAUCAUAUUCUACCUACAAUAUUCUAUACCAACUAGACCCUUCCCCCACCACAAAGGUGGGUCUUGGUGCUGGUGCCUCAUGGUAAGGUCCGGAGGCACCUCUAAGGGAUCUGGCCCUUUGCAGGGAACCAAAAGACGGUUUCCUAUCAGCUUAUAUGCAACUCCCAUGCUACAAAGGCAUGUGCUUGGCAUUGAACCAAAGGCUCAUUGGCCGACGACCAUAGAGCAUAGCAUCUAUAGGAUAUAAUCCAUGCAAGUGUUGGUGUUGGGUGGCUGGCUAUACCAGUACACCCUCUGUUGUAAUUUGAAAUUUGUACUACGGAACCUCGAAAAACAAUGAGAAGUUAAUAUUUUGAAGAAAAAGAUAAUGCUUCU